ACAGACUAUAAGAAGGCAGUUACAAAGCAGGGCAAGGACACAUUGUGUUUUGCUGCAGGAGGCAAUGCAGGGAAUCUGGAUAUAUUGAAAGGUGUGCUUCUCUAAAACCUGCUACACCAGAAAGACAUUUUGCCUGCAACUGUGUAUCCAUUGAAAUGCUGCUCAGCAGCAAGCAAAGCAGAAGGAAUUAGCUUCAAGGUUUUUUCUCUCUUUACUAUCUGGCUGGAAGAAACAAUUGGGAUGGCUUCUACAAGUCAAAGAAAUUCUGCAGAGAGAACUCAAAAUGUGUUUUGCCCUGAAGGUGGAGUCUGCAAGCAUGGCUUCCUCAUCAAAUCACCACCACUUCAGCUUUUCAGCUCACAGAAUUCCUGGAAAAGGCGUUUUUUCAUCCUGUCCAAAUCCAGCAAGGGUAAUUAUAUCCUGAAGUAUCUGAAAGGCCAGAACAUAAAAGGCUCCAUAGCUGUUGAUCGCAUCAUCAAUAUUGAAGUUGGCAUAAGCAAUUCUGAAGUCAUGGAGGCAGUGAGGAAGAUGUUUAAAUGCCUUCCUGAACAGGUGAUGUCCAUCAGAACUGGAAACAGGUGUUACUAUCUCAUUGGGACCAGCAGGCAGGAAACAGAGGACUGGGUUGCUGUUAUAUCUUCAGUCUGCAGGGAAGCCAAAAGAGAUGGAUGCUGCCCUCAGAACCAAGAUCUUCCAAAUCCAGCAGUCAAAAGCCGUCCCUCCUCUUUGCCACUAUUCCCAAAUUCUAUAGAUAGGACCAGCUUCCUGGAAAGGCAAAGCUACCAGAAGGAGAAUGGUUAUGCAGAAGACAAGAGCAGACCUAGUUCAGACCCUGGCCCUCAUCAAUCUCCCUGUGACCCACCAAAAGGAGAUUUUCCAAGCCUGGAUAAAAAUCUGGGCAAGAGUGAGGAAAAUCUGCAGUUGUCAGAUACAGAUGAAGACAUCAAAAAAGAAGAAGAAGAAGAAGAUUAUUACCAAACUCCCAGCAGUAUUUUGGCAAAGUUCGCUACUGACAUGUCAAAGCCUGACAUCACAACAGAGUCUGAUGUCCCUGAGCAAGAGAAGCCAGUGCAGAAGGGCCUAGUACAGGAGAAUAUUUAUAUGCCAAUGAAAUCACUUAGGGUGCUGGAUGAGAGCUGCCAGCUCACAUGCAGACAUGAUGAGCUCCCAUCUCCUCCCAAAUGCCAGGACAAUGGGGCAUGUCCAAGAGACUUGAAAGCAAACAGAGACUUAAAAUUCCCAGAAAGCAGCACCAGCCAGCAGCCAGCCCUCCAGAGAAGGCAAAAUUCAUUGCCACUUUCCAUUGUUCAGUUGUCUGUACUGCUCAGUCAAGUUACAGAUGAGACCCAGCUGCAGAAGUUGGAUAUUUUCAUCCCCCUGACUGAUAUUCACAGUUACCUAAAAUUUACUGAAGCAGCAGGACAAAUAUGUGUCUCCCAGUGGACUGGCCCUUCUCGACUCGGAUGUUUGUUUAACCAUGGAGACCACUUAGUGGCUGUGAAUGAUCUGCAGCCCCAGAAUGUGGAGGAGGCUUACUUCUUCAUCAGCAGGUCCACAAGAAAGGAGGUGAAGCUUACUGUACAUAGGAUUCCACAUUCAGAUAUCUUCCAUGUUAAAGGCUGCUUGUGUUCAGAAAAAAAAGACCUAAAUGAUUAAUGGGCUUGAGGAACCAAGGCUUGAUUUCCCCUGUCUCCAGAGACAUUUUCAUUCUGGAAGGUGCUUUUCUGCCUAUGUACCAUUUUUUUUUAGACCAGCCGUCCUGCGUUCCUUCAACACUUCAUUUUCACGCAUUCCUGAAAGUGCUCAUCUGAACUGCAAGACAAAUACCUGAAGUUUCCAGUUAUGGGUGAACAAAGGAAGUGAGACAGGCAUGAAGCAAUUUCCUGGGAACUUCAGAGAGCAACAUUUGCAAGAAGAGGUGAACUGGCAAAGAAUCUGUGAGCCGUGUGUGGAACCUGCACGCGGCAUCGCUGCUGGAGCUGAUGUUGAGUUGUGCAUGCUGCACCUCUCAGCUGUGGGGAAGUGUUACCUUUGGACAUAAACAGGAUUUGUGCAUAUAAAGCAUGCACAAGCUAACUCCAGAAUAUUUCAGAAAAGUGUGGGAUGAGUUCUGUGCUUCAGUAAACAGUUACUGCUGUGUUACUCCAUAA